AUGUCUGCGGCACCUGCGAAACCACCACUCAAGAGGCGUAGACUUGGUUCCUCGACGACGACACCGACGAUUGUGACUCCGCCUGUGGUGAAGCCCACUUUGAAGACGGGAGUGUUGGGUGUUGGGAGUGGUGGCGGUGGUGGUGGUGGUGGUGGGAUGCCGUCGUGUGUGUAUUGUCAUCGGAACUUGCUGGUUGUACCGGGUGGGCCUGUUACAUGUGCUAGCACGGCACCCUCCCAACCACCCACGCCUCACCUCACCUUCUCGCCCUCGCCUUCACCCUCGCCAGUGGCAGCAGCGGCGCCCCAGUCGCCUAUGCCGCGCCGCUCGGUACUGGGUGCUCAUACGGUUAACGUUAACGUCAACGUGAACCUGCAGAAUCAAUCGCAGCCUGUCCCGCCGCACGUUGUCUCGACGCCAUUCUCUACGUCGUCGAUCAUGCACAGUCAUGGUGAGAAUGAGAAUGCGAUGGCGGAUGUGCAGAUGGUUUCGCAGGAGGAGCAGGAGGAGCAGCAUCAGCAGCUAAACCACGUUCCCGUCCCCGUGCCGCAGCAACACGGUUUGAAGUUUGGGAGGGUGACGGGGAAGAGGAGGAAGAUGCUCGAUCUGGAUGAAGAAGCCGUUGAAAAUGGGGUUCUUUAUGGACAUGGAGGUGUGGGUCGGGGUUUUGGUGGUGCGGGAGGCGGAGGUGGAGGAGGGGGCGUUGGUCCCGGUGUGGAUGGGAGGGAAAGAGAGGGUGGAAUUGUUGUUUUGAGAAUAUUCGUUAUUGUGGUUGGGGCGAUGCUGACGACGAAUUUGAAGGAGUUCAAGGACGCCAACCGCAUUAUCACGCUUUAA